UUUGCUAGUAAACUUUGAAACUGUGACAGUGUGUCAGUUGUAGCAUCGAUUGUUUACCCAAAACCGUUUGUUGUUUAUAAACACCGCGAUGGCUUUUAUGAUGCCGGUUGUGAAAAACGAUUGGGACAUCUACAAGUCCAAUCGGUCCCGGAGAGUUUCCGAGUGCUCGAACACCUCGAAUUGCCGGUCGAGGAAGGUGUCCGAAUGCCGGUCGGAGGGACCCAGUCUUUCGACGUCGCCAGGCUCCGACUUCAUAACGUCGCCGACGCACCGCAGCGUGCCGGCCAACAUGUCUUCGAAACAAUACUCCAGGGCCAAUUCUCGGACCAGCUCCAACAGCUUGCAGAGUCCGGUGAAGAGCGAGUCCUGUUCGCCGCCGAAGUGCAACUCCACGACCAGCUUGAACAAGUUUCACAACAGAUUGUUGGACAAGUUGAAGAAGACCAUGAAGCACAAGGACGCGGACAACGAGAGAACGAGUUCAUGAGAUGGGGAGAAAAAGAAACUCCAGCACCUCCAGUAGAAAUGGGACGAUUGGGACUGUUUUGUUUGGGGUCAGUGACUGUUUAAGGCCGGCUAUUGCCAGGUAUAGCAAUUUGAUACAUUGCCCUGUGAUAUGUAGCUUAAUUUUUAUCGGUUCGAGCUUUUGUAGUUUUAUGAGUUUAUGGCUGGCUCGGUCUAGAGUGUUAAGUGGGGGACUGAUCCGGUAACGGAUAAUUCUUGUUUUUCGAUAUUUUUUAUAAAAAUAUAAAAAUAUGGAAGCCGAUUUUAAAAUUUCGACCGGUUUUUAAAUUUAGCCAAAGAUUCUUUUAAUUUUUACUUGGAUUCAGUAUUAAAUCAAUUUUCUAAAUCAAUUUAAAUUAAAUUGUUUCCUCGCUUAAGGGGUUCUCAUAGAAUCUGCUACAUUGAGUAAAGACUGUGCAAAGGAGGAUUUAACGGAGUUGAAAUGUUAUCAUAAAUAAAAUUAUUGCUUGUUAUAUUCAUAGGUUUAAUAGGUUGUACUUUGAAACAACUUUAUAGAGGGUUAUAUUUAGGAAGUACAGUUUAAAGGUCGCUUAACACCCAGUAACUUGGAAAGAUCUGGAAUAAAUGGAUGUUUAUUCUUUUACAUUCAACAAGCCUAUUGUAUUAAUUGUGAUUUUAAAUACUCUUAGGACUCUCGAUUCUAUUUUUCAACAUCUACCUGGUUGCUAGAUUGUUUGAGAGGCCUACAAGAUCUGUUACGACCAACCUUUUUUUCAGGACGGACGUUUACUUUGUCCGCACCUGAGAUCACUGCCCUCGACAAUUUUUCUAUUAUUAAUCAAAUAUUUUUAUGUAUUACAUUCCUACGACACAAUAAUGUAAUCAGUCUUAACGACGAAUAUUCUAACGAAUGCGUGAACAAUAAAUAAAUGUUGAAUAAAAUUUAUAUAAAUUUCUAGAUAAGUUAUUUUGUCAGAUGAAAUUUUAUUGUAUGUAUUUCGAUAUUUUCAUGUUUUCAUGACUAUAUCCACUUAAUGUGUAUAAUUGUCGUGUACUGAUUUGUAAAUUAUUUGUCUAAAUAAACAGCCUUUUGAAUGUAUAA